CCAAUCGAUAAUAGAAGAACGCACCGAAGCUGUAUGAACACAGUACAAACAGGCGGUAUUGGAGCAUUAUUACACAUGUCAUACGUGUACACCAUAGUAUAUUAUAACCCAAUGCCAGGCAAUUUGUAAGGUGCAGUUAUAUAUUUCAUAUUUCAGGACCAAGGAGUUCGGCCAAGGAUCAGUGGUAGUAUAUUCCUGAUUGGCGCACUCGGUGCGUGUAUGUGUGGGAGGUACGCCAAGACGAGAGAUUUGAAGCAGACGGUGUGUUGUAUACUACAUGGAGCAUGAUUAUCUCGGCCCCUAUAUAAAGCUGCCUCCAUCUAGGGUGGAAUAUAUUCACCGAGCUGCAAGCUGCCGCGGUAAAGCUAUCUCGCGCAAAUGUCGUUUCUCCUCAGAGGUGGAAUAUCAUAUUCCGAUGAAACUACAUUUUCACAUCAUCAGAGAGAAUUUAUCUGGUUCUGUCAUGUCAUGAAUGAUAGCGUGGUUGUCGUACUGAUAAAUGCGACAUGAACAAUGAGAUGGUGAUGGUGAUGGGACACAACUUUGCAUCUGUUUGUCAAUCGUUGAACUAAACUCGGGACUAUUAAACUCUGCGGGAAAUAACAGGUAUGUCGUCAUGGAUGAACUGCUAGUCAGGGCUGCUAGUAUUAAUUUUUAUCUGCUGACAGAUAUCGUACUCUAAUUUUUCAAGGUUGUUGGAGCACACGUCUAUACUCGUGUAAAAUUGCAUUUUUAUUUUAAAGUAAUACUCGAAGGAAAUACCUCCACGACAAUGCUCUAUACCCGAUAGGAAUGAACCAGUGUAGUUGGACGAUAAUAAUGGAGACGAUUAAGAAAAUGCGGUCUAUACUCAAUUAGAUUAUUGCCCAAAGAAAGUGAGUGUGUGAUUUCAUUUUCAUUCCAGUUCAUGGCAUAGGGAAUUACCAACGAUUGAAGAUGGCUAACAAUAACACACUACAACUUUAUCGCACCCUGCCGCUAAAUGACGGAGAAAAUACUCAACUCUUCACUUUUAAGUUGGGUUUAAUGAACUUAGAUGAAUUCAAAUCUCGCUCCGUUCGCUCCACCAUUAUCAACUACCAAGGACAAGAUUGGUAUCUUAGUUGCAAAUAUGCGGAGGGGAAAAGACUUGAAUAUUUAGGAGUUUACAUUUACUGGGGGAGUCCAUCUGAAGGUGUACGAUGCCGAGCCGACUUCCGUAUCAUCACCCGAAACAUCCUAGAUCCUACAAAGAGUUUGGUAACUGAAGGAAGUCAAGUUGAAUUCAGUGCUCCUCAAUCACCUGGUUGGGGUAAGAGAGAGUUUGCAUCUCUCAGAGAACUCUUCACACCAGGACAAGGAUUCUUAUUAGAACCCGAGAAGAUUGUCAUCAUCGAACUUGCUAUGAAAUCAUGUUCAACCUUGUUUGAGCAAUCUGUUGAUUUUACCCAGUUGCUGAGUCAUAGAGAGCAACCGUAUCCUUCCUUCUUCACUGCCAACUUUCCGCUAGCAGGGAUGGAGUUCUACGUCUCACUUUAUCCAUUAGGUGACCGUGAAGAAGCUGGGGGACAUGUUUCCAUGUACCUUCACCGUUUCCUUGGUAACGAAGGUGAUACAUCAAUCAUCGGAUGUCGUAUCCGAUAUCGUUUCUUUCUUGGACACAGUCGAACAUGCCCAACCAGCUCGAAGACAUUUGAGUUUUCUUUUAAGAAUGAGCAAGGGUAUGGUCGUUUCAAGGCAUUCGAACCAUUGAAUGGUAGUGACAAUCUCCUAUAUCGUGGUGCUGUUCCUUUGGGUGUAGAGGUUGUAUCUAUAACACCUUUUGCUCAACCUGAGAUCAGACUCACCACCAGAGGAUAUUAUCACACCGACAAUUUCGUGUUCGAAGAUGCUGUCUUUCCCGACCAUCGUGGAAACCAAUGGCGACUCUCAGCCGCUAAUUCCGCCCAAUUCCUUUCACUCAAACUCAACGCUGAAGACAAGAACAGAUUGUUCUCUGCUCCAGGAUUGAUUUCUAACCAGUCAAGACUUACCAAGAGAGAAGAGUGUACCAAGUUCAUCCAAUGGAGAGCUUUUGUCUUGUCAAGGACAGAUCGUAAGAAGACCCUUGCAGUGAAUGGUUGUCCACUCUCAGCCUAUUACUCACGGGGUUUGAUGCAGACUAACUACAGUAUGUCUACACAGAUUCCUCUUCUCAAGGCGAAGGCAUUGGAUGGUGAUUAUUGUACAAAGGAUGAACCAUCUUUGCUGGUCCGUAUUGAGUUUCUUAACGUACAGGAUAUCGUUUGCGUGAUGACUGAUUAUCCUACAUUAGAUUUUGAGAGGUUUCAGCUCUACCACACCAGGGAAGGAUUAAAGCGAUGUCUGAAGCAGAAUGAUGUACUAGUACGGGAGAUGGAAAGCUUGCGAGCUCGUCUAAGCAAUGCAAUGAAGGAAAGUAAAGACUCUCGUGAUCUAGUACAAGACUUUCAGAGAUUAAUCAAGCAUCCCAUCCCACCGCUGUCACCUACUCCUGACAGUAGUCGUAAUACUCAAUUGAUGAACUGGCUACUACAACAAGAUUCAAUACCAAACAAGACUGAGAAUCCAAGUGAUCACAACAAGCAGUUAACAGCUCAGUCAGCUCGGCCAGCUUCAGUCUCCUCUUCACCAACACUACCAGUUCAGCCUCCAGUCCCUAGACCCCGUGGUGUUAGAGGACCACCUCCUCGUCCUCCACCCAGGGCCUAUUCACCGGUGGCUACAGAUCUGGUCAGUACAAGGCAAUUCACUUAUAACCCUGCGACACCAAUGCAGGCUAAUUUACUGGCCUCACCACCACCUGCCGCCAAUUCAGCAGGACUGGCAAUGGCAAGUGAUCAACAGAGAUUGGCAGUUCUUAACUCAAACGAUACUGCCUUUAAGAGGUUCUCCUUCACGGGUAUUAAUGUUACUCCAGCAAUGAUAUCAAGUCAGGCUUCAGAGAUUUCCAGGAAUGUGGAUGUAUCUGCUCAAAGCUCAUCCGUGGGGAAGGAACCAACAUCACCCAAAGGAUCAACACCCCUCCAAGAUCAAACCCCUUCAACAAGUUCUUCCUCAUCGGUUGUUAUGUCAAAGAUAGGGAAUGGAGGUUCGUCUAGAGGUUUUGCUCUUGCAAGAAUGACAAGACCAAACGUGAGUCAGUCGCAACCAAGCGCGAAUCAGACACAAUCACAGCAACCACACCAAUCACAUUCUCUCAUCGACCAACCUGUCAAGUGGCCUACCGGUAUGACCCCUCCAGCUACUUCACAUAUAUCUCAUUCUACCGGAGAUCUAGAAGGUAAAUCUACAAGCCCCAGUCAUCAAACAUCACAACACCUCUCGAAUGGAGAUAUCGGGACAAACACUGAGCUUCCAGGUGGCUUUCAUUCUAAUCUUCAACAGUCAUUCAGCCAUCCAAACAUAAGCACACAAUCGGAGUCAAAUGGGCAACCGCUAGUUGGUCUUCCAAUUACGUCCAAUACUAAUGACUCUAAAAUCACUUUCAGUAAGCCUUCUGCCAUCCAAAACAUCCCACAACGACCUCUCUCUGGAAGUAUGUCAAAAGAAUUCGAAUUUUCACCAGUUCCGCAGUCUGUUGUCAACAGGCGAUCUCCAGUACCUGAGCCACAAGUUCACAAACCUAGCCCACAAAAUGCAAUUACCAACACUUCUGGUUUGAAUCAGCCUUUUGUUCCACAUGUUAUUCCAAGGGACCAAAUGAUAUCCAAUCAAAAUGCAAUAAACACAGAAGCAUCAAGAAAUGUUAAGUCUACACCAUCUACUCCAAAUAAGUCUACCCGAAAGCCAGGAGCAAUCACUUCAAAGUCUACCCCUAACUCUCCUACCAAACAGCCUCUAAGUCAUGACCAACAAACAGGGUAUGGUCAGCGACUGUCUGGAAAUGGUCAAUUGCAAACGGUACUUCUCCAACAGUCACCACCUUCGCAAUCGUUCAAAGACAAUGAUGCCCAUAUAGACCUUCCACAGCCUAUUAACAAUCAUGAAGUUUCUACAGAUCGAUUUGUAAAUUACAGCACAAGUCCUGAAGAACCCAUUGCAUUAUUACAAUCAGAGAUGGACGAAAAGACGAUGGUGAAUUCACCAGGAGGUAAUCACCCUGUACCUGAACUACUUAGCAAUGGUAUGAAGCAAGCUGAUGAGAUUCAAGAAAGACCACGAAGUGUUGUUGAAGAGAUGAAGCAAAUCAACAUUGAUCCAGUUAUGAACUCAAAUGAACAAUGGUCUUUACCUAGCAUAGAACAACGUCGACGCAUGGGGGUUAUUGAAACGAGUCUGUAGCUUGUAGGCUGCUGAUCGAAACAAAACAAGUCCUUUGGUUGUACAGUCGUUGACGUUCAUAUUGUGCAUUGUGGUGCUUUUAUAAUCAUCGCUGCAAC